UAGUCUAAUCACAAUUAUGAUUUUUGAAAUUUUAUUUUCAGUGCCAUGAUCUGGAAGCUAAGAAUGAACAAGUUUUACUUUCUGUGACUCCAAUGAAAACCAAGCUGGCCAGACUGAUGCAGAAAUGUAGGGAAAAGGAUGAUUUGCUAAGAAAACUAGGAGCAGAAUUACGUAAACAGAAGAUUGGCGGUGGGCCGGGGUCUCCCCUCCAGGAACUGGCCUUAAUGGAGCAGAGGAUGUCUUCUGAGGAAUACAAUGUACUGGAGGAAGGAUCUCCUCAGCAAGCAAACCAUUUGAGUAGACAUUCUGUAUCCAUGAUUGACCUGCAGAGGUCAAGGUCAAAUUCCUCUGUCAGUGACAGCCAGGACCAUGUUGCCCAUAGUGACACAGAAAUGGUGACCCCUAUCAUGCGCCGAUCAAACCACCAUGCAGAGAGACGACAGAGACUGCUACCACCAUCCUCACACACACCACGACUGCCACACAUUCAGGGAGGUCAAAUGUCGCCUGGUUACGGUUCACCUAACGAGUCACUUCCUGUAGGUCACAUGCCACCUGAUCAGCUAUUCAUAGCUGUAGCCAAUUAUGAUCCUCUGACCUUCUCCAGAAGUCAUAGGCCUUCAGAGGAACUAAGGCUGCAGGAAUGGGACAAAGUCACUGUAAAAGGACCACUUGAUGACACAGGUUAUUACUUGGCUGAGGUGAACGGUAGAACAGGACUUGUCCCUGCAGCUUAUCUUCGUCCUGCCAGCCUUGCUGACCAGAGAAAUGGACGAUGGAAGGGAAUUAUGGGACAGAAACCUCCAGCUUAUCUUGAUGCGAGUCCUGAGAGAAUCGUGGAGACACAUUACCAACUUCAACAGUCACAAAAUAGAAGUGGUGCCCCUUUGUUUCCUAGGAUAAAUGGACAUGUCCCUGAGUUAUCCCCCUUAUUUAGCAGAAACUCCACCUCAUCAGCAAGGACAUCAGAGUACCCAGAUCCACCCAAAGAUUUCCGAGUUGAAAAGGUCAUAAACCGGAACACUCUAAUGUUAGCUUGGACACCUCCAAAAUUCACCGAGAACAAUCACAACAGAGGGGUCAAAUGUACUGGGUACAAAAUAUACUUAAAUGGUCAGCUUCAUCAACAAGCCAGCAGUCCACACAUCGCCAAAACAAUCGUCAAGAAUGUGGACACUCGCCAGCGUCAGGCGUUCAGCAUACAGACCAUAGGAUCGGGGGGACAGUGUUCUGACGUCGUGGAAACCGUCCAUAACGCCCCAGUAACAGGUGACCUUGAGGGGCCAGAAGAAAACCUGUCAGCUGUCAGGACUCACGACGUGUACUCCUCCUCACACAAACGUAUGUUUGUGGGAGUGUAUGACUUUGUACCAUCCCCUGGUAAACAUGGCCGACUAGAACUUCCGUUUCAGGCAGGGGAGAGAAUCCUUGUGUAUGGGGAGGAAAGAGUGGAUGGAUUUUACUAUGGAGAGAUCAAUGGACGACGAGGGUUGGUGCCUGGUUUCUUUAUAGAAGAGAUUCCCCACACUUUAAAGAAAACUCCUAGGUAACUAUAACCUACAUUCCUUACUGACGGCUGUAUUCUAUGCAAUAAUCAACCAAUUCAGUUAUUUUUCAUGAAUUUAUGUGUCUUUUCAGUGUCAAGCUAACCACUGCCAGUAGGUUGUGACGUCAGUUUCUAUGCAAUAAUCAACCAAUUCAUCUAGAAACAAUUCACGUCCGCACCAUUGGGCAAUGACUUCUCACUUUUCAUUAGAACUUUUUCUUCAGUGCUUUGCACAGUGCAGUCUGCAAUACAUCAGAGCUCCCACAUGCAAUGUUUAGGACACCUUUUCAUAUAAUGUAUUUUUUAAAGUAUACAUGUAAGUUAGCAAUAUACAUGUAUAUAUGAAGUAUAAUUUAUAUUUUUAUACUUUUCAAAGAUAUUUUUGUUGACUGUAAUUUUUUAUUACAUUGGUAAUGCAACCCAAAGUCAAUCAUUAAAUGUUAGCAAAACUGAUAAAUGUCUUCCAUAUAUAUAUGUACUAAACGAUAUUAAUGACAUACAUUGUAGCACAUCUGCUAUUCAAGGACUGUUUUGUCAGCAGCAUUUCUCAUGAAUUAUCAAUUCACACCAUUUAUUUUCCCACCUUUGAUGGCAUUUAGCUGUACAAACAUAUACAUGAAUUUCAAGGGCACCUGAUGUAAAGAUUAUCAAAGACAGAUUUUGUUAUAGCGGGGCUUUAUGUUGAGUCCUCAGAUUAUGGCAUUUAUUUAUUGUUAUUUCUAUGAAUGAUAUUAAAUACAUUAAAGUAUUUUAAUCCAG